AUGUCUACUCCAUCGUAUUUAGUCUUUAUCGGACUUAUCCAUUUUGAGAAGAAGGAUUAAGAGAGAAAAAUAUUAAAGAAGGUAAGCUUAGCUUAAGUAGAUGAUAAUGACAUAAUGGAGUAUUUGAGAAAUGAAUAGGAAUACGAGAGAAAGAGGAACAAAGCUCAAUCUCCCUUUUUGCAUAGAUUAGAGUAAAGUCCUGAGUAUAUAUUGGUAUUGUAGCCAUCAGCAAUGAAUCAAGCGAGUUAAACAUUAAGAGGACUAGAGGAUCACAUAUCGUUGCACUUGCUUACUGAAUUGCCUGAAGAGGAAUGGAAAUAGAGAGCAAUAAAAAUACUGUUGACUUGGAAUCUGUCAGAAAGGAAGGAAUUAGAGGAAUUUGUCAAAGGCAGUGAGCAAGUUGAGAAACACUUUAUGGAAUUUGGAGUUUUCUUUUUAGUAUCUGCGGUUAUUGGAUAUGUGAUGAUAUUGGUGAUGAAACAUAUGAUUUGA